AUGUAUAUCAAGUAUUUCAACAAGACCCACUCAAUCCUCGAGGGGUCCUAUCCUGCAUAUCUAACUGUUUUCUACCUCCAAGUGAUCCUUAUUUUCACUGUAUUAUUCUACUACUUGCUCAAUGUCUACAUCGACAUCCGUACUGGUCAGUUUGUGACUAACACUCAGAAAAUCCAUCAUGCUAUUUAUCUACCGUGCGUUCUGGGACAUUUGAUGUGUCUAGCACAGAAAUUGCUGUUGAUAAUGGAUUUUUCCGCAGGUUACAAUCUCCAUAACGAUGUCUUCUACACGAUUUCCCUUCUUCGCGCUCUUUUCUGUUUCCCUGGGUUCUAUUGCCUAUCUGCAUUUGUUGCCGAGAGAUGGUUUGCCACCUACUUUCUUAUGGAUUAUGAGAGAAAUCAAAGAAAAUGGCUUGUUUUUGUGAUUCUUUGGAUUAUCUACUCAAUUGCUUUCAUUUCGGCAAUCAAUUUUCAUGAAGCUACCAGCACCAUCCCACAUGCUUGUGUGUUCAUUUUGUUGAGUGGCUUAGCUUACUUGGGAAACCAUAUAAACUUCUUGGUGAAUCGAAACUAUUACUACCAAAGUAAUCGAACCGACGGCGGGGGUUAUUCAUUGGCACAGCGGUUUCAGAUAUCUGAGAAUAUUCGAUUUUCGUUUUUCUUCAAUCAAUUGGCUCUCAGUAUCGAGUUUUUCCAAAUCAGUGGUCCCAUCUGCCUACUCAUUGAUAAUCUGGACAUUUCAAGGUCCUGGAUGAAUCUGAAUACAGUAAUCUUUGACACAAUUUGUUUAGUGUACGCUCUUGUGACCCCAUUCGUGAUCUACCACCAUAACCCAAAAUAUCGAGCCGAGUUGGAGCGAAUAAUCGCGAAAAUCAGAAGAAUAGAUGUGAGAAGAAACAAGAAUCAAAUUCGACCGAUGGAUUCAAUGGAAGAGAGUUUCAAUUCGUUGAGAUUACAAGAUACAUUUGGAAAGAAGAUCACUUUUAAUACUAGUGAAAUGACUAAUACAUAUUUUGAAGAACUUGAUAAGUCUUGGAGUUGA